GGCCCCGCAGAGCGCGUGGAGACGCGGUGCCCUCGCUCUGCUCGCGGGCUCCGCCACCCCCUGCGCUUCGGCACCUGCCUCGCCGCCGUCCCGGCUCCAGAUGGGGAAGGACCAGGGCUUCUCACGGCACUUUCGGAUUUUCAUCCCCAAGAAGCACCGGGCGCGCUUCGACGAGGUGGUGUCGCAGGGUCUGCUGGGCAAACUGUGCCGGGCCCGGCGGGCGCAGGGCGCGCAGCGGCUGCGUCGGAGCCGCAGCGAGGAGCGUCCCGAGCGCCUGCUGGUGUCCACGCGCGCCAGCGCCCCGCCGCGCCGCCCCGACGAGCCGCCCCCGCGCAAGUCCGCGUCGCUGCUGGCCAGCCGGGCCUGCCUCGGGGGCGCGCGCAGGACGGUCCGAAUCUACAAGGGCAACAAGAGCUUCGGUUUCACGCUGCGCGGCCAUGGACCCGUCUGGAUCGAGUCUGUCCUGCCUGGAAGCCCAGCUGACAGUGCUUCCCUCAAGUCUGGUGACCGGAUCCUCUUCCUCAAUGGACUGGACAUGAGAAGCUGCUCGCACGACAAGGUGGUGUCCAUGCUGCAGGGCAGUGGGGCCAUGCCCACGCUGGUGGUGGAGGAGGGCCUUGUGCCCUUCCCUAGUGACUCGGAUUCCCUGGAUUCACCCAACCCAUCAUCAGCGCUUACGUCCCUGCAGUGGGUGGCCGACAUCCUGCCAUCCAGCAUUCGCGUGCAGGGGAGGACCUUCAGCCAGCAACUGGAGCACCUCCUCACGCCGCCCGAGCGCUAUGGGGUGUGCCGUGCACUGGAGAGCUUCUUCCAGCACAGGAACAUCGACACGCUCAUCGUGGACGUCUACCCUGUGCUGGACACGCCUGCCAAGCAGGUCCUGUGGCAGUUCAUCUACCAAUUGCUGACCUACGAGGAGCAGGAGCUGUGCCAGGAGAAAAUCGCCUGCUUCCUGGGCUACACAGCCAUGACCGCUGAGCCUGAACCAGACCUGGAGCCGGAACCGGAGCCAGAACCGGUACCUGAGCUACAGCCCCGGAGCUCCCUGCGGGCCUCGUCCGUGUGCCGCCGCAGUCUGCGUGCCCAGGGCCUGGAGGCCAGCCUUGGCUGUGGCCCCGCCGAAUGUCCAGACAUGCCUCUCCCUCUGAUCCCGGGUGAGCGCCAGGCCGGUGACGGCACAUCUCUCCCCGAGACCCCCAACCCCAAGAUGAUGUCAGCCGUCUAUGCCGAGCUGGAGUCGCGCCUGCAUAGCAGCUUUAAAGGGAAGAUGGGGACCACCUCCAGAUCCCGCGCAUCACCUCCGGUGCCCAGUCCGGUCAGCAUGGCAGGACCCAGGACCAGCAUCUCGUGGCCCAGUGAGCGGCUCCUGCCCUCGGCCUGCCACUACCCGCUGUGUUCGGGGGGCCUGGCUUCCCCCAGCAGCUCCGAGUCCCACCCCUAUGCCAGCCUGGACAGCAGCCGGGCCCCCUCGCCACAGCCGGGCCCAGCCGGACCCCUGCUGCCCGACAGCCCACCCAGCCCCGCACCCGCCGCGCGCACCCACAGCCGCAGGAAGCUCUUCGCCUCCUCCCGGCCCGUGCGUAGCCGGGACACCGACCGCUUCCUGGACCUGCUCAGUGAGCAGCUGGGCCCCCGCGUCACCAUCGUGGAUGACUUCCUGAGCCCAGAUAAUGACUACGAGGAGAUGAGCUUCCAUGACGAGGACCAGGGAAGCUUCGGGACGCAGGAGCGCAGCAGCGCCAGCGACUCGGUCAGCAGCAGUGAGGAGGGCAGCUCCCUGACCUACUCCUCCAUCUCUGACCACAUCCCCCCACCCCCACUCAGCCCCCCGCCGCCUCCCCCGCUGCCCUUCCACGACCCCAAGCCCGGUGGGGGCCGCACCCCGGAGGGGCCCCGGGGUGCCUCUCAGACACUGGCUAAGCCCCUCCCCCAGCACGGCCACCCAGUCCCACCCCCACCCCCGCCACCCCUGCCUCCGCCCGUGCCCUGCGCGCCCCCGCUGCUGGCCCGGGGCCUCGGCCACCGCCGCAGUGAGACCAGCCACAUGAGUGUGAAGCGGCUGCGCUGGGAACAGGUGGAGAACUCGGAGGGCACCAUCUGGGGCCAGCUCAGGGAAGACUCGGACUACGACAAGCUCAGCGACAUGGUGAAGUACCUCGACCUGGAGCUGCACUUCGGCACCCAGAAGCCUACCAAGCCGGCACCCCGGCCUGAACCCUUCAGGAAGAAGGAGGUGGUGGAGAUUCUCUCUCACAAGAAGGCCUACAACACCUCCAUUCUGCUGGCGCACCUGAAGCUGAGCCCAGCCGAGCUGCGGCAGGUGCUCAUGGACAUGGAGCCGCAGCGCCUGCAGCCAGCACACCUGGCACAGUUGCUGCUCUUUGCGCCUGACGCCGACGAGGAGCAGCGCUACCGGGCCUUCCGCGAGGCGCCCGGCCGCCUCAGCGAGCCCGAUCAGUUCGUGCUGCAGAUGCUGUCAGUCCCGGAGUACAAGACCCGCCUGCGCAGCCUCCACUUCCAGGCCACACUGCAGGAGAAGACGGAGGAGAUCCGCGGCAGCCUGGAGUGCGUGCGGCAGGCCUCGCGUGAGCUCAAGAGCAGCAGGAAGCUGGCCAAGAUCCUGGAGUUUGUCCUGGCCAUGGGGAACUAUCUCAACGAUGCACAGCCCAAAACCAAUAAGACUACAGGCUUCAAGAUCAACUUCCUGACGGAGCUUAACUCCACCAAGACUGUGGACGGAAAGUCCACCUUCCUGCACAUCCUCGCCAAAUCGCUGAACCAGCACUUCCCUGAGCUGCUAGGCUUUGCACAGGACCUGCCCACUGUGCCCCUGGCCGCCAAAGUGAACCAGCGGGCGCUGACCAGUGACCUGGCUGACCUCCACGGCACUGUGGGAGAGAUCCAGGCGGCCUGCCAGAGCAUGGCGCCCUCCGGGGAGGAUAAGUUUGCCGUGGUCAUGGCGGCCUUCCUGGACAUGGCCCAGCCGGCACUGCGGGCGCUGGACGGGCUGCAGCGCGAGGCCAUGGAAGAGCUGGGCAAGGCUCUGGCCUUCUUUGGCGAGGACUCCAAGGCCACCACCUCUGAGGCUUUCUUCGGCAUCUUUGCAGAAUUCAUGAGCAAGUUCGAGAGAGCGCUCAGUGACCUGCAGGCCGGGGAGGGCUCACGCAGCUCCGGGAUGGUCUCGCCACUUGCCUGGUGACCGCGCAGCCCGAGGGCGCCCCCUACUGGACCCGUCUACAGAACGCCAGAGGCAACCAGGUGCCGGAGGGGGCCCCCCCCCUGCUCUCCAGCUACCUCAGCGUCCAGCCCAGACACCCCCAGGAGGUGUGGGGCUUCAGCAGGAGUGGACUCCCAGGGAUGGGACACAUGACCCCCACCCAGUGUCUUCCUGACCUUGUCUGGUCCCAGAAGAGGCAGUCAGAGCAAGGGUGUGUGGCCAGACG